AUGUAUCUCGUCUACCUGGAUAAUGACAUCAAUGGCGGCUUCAUUGCUGAUCGGAAUAAGAUGUGCAUCACUGCAUCACUGAUAGACAGAAAAGAUGUCAACAACAAUUAUUGCAACAUGCACCUAAGCAACCCGUCUGGUCAUUCUACACCUUUUAAACUCAAUAGAAAGAUAUCACUUGCUUUACGUGCCAACAAAAUCAAGAAAAAACCACGACGUCUGCCUAUGGCUAGAGGGACAAAAAAACGAAAAUGUGGCGUGACCCGAAAAGAAAUAACGCAGGGUUUAAGAGCAAAAACCUUGUUGUACAACCUACGGCGCAGAAAAAAGACAUGCCAGAUGAAACUCCCAAGGAAUUGGAAAAAUCGGUACAAAAGAUACUCGGCAAAACGUCCACCACAAAUUGGAUUUGAUCAUAAACUAAUCAUGGCAAAACUAAAAUUAAGACUAAAAAAAGGAGAUAAAGCCUCCGGUAAACUUUAUCUAAACACAGAAAAAUUAGAGAAUCCCAUGAUAAAAAAAACAGAUAUGAAAAAUUGA